AACAAUAUCUGUUACCAAAAAAAAAAGCUAGAUAUAUUUUCCUUUAUAUAUGAUUUUACGUUAGGUUACGCUUAAAAAGUUUGUUUUCAUAGCUUCUUCGUCUCCGUUCCUUUUCUACAAAAUCCUUUAGUCUAUUCCAAUUCAUAUCGUGGUAACUGUUAAAAGAAUUGUGCUCGAUUUUCAAAAUUUCUUGGGAGUGGAAUCUUAGUUUGUAAUUUUUUCUUCUAUUUUAUACCUCGAACGUGAUUAGGGUUUUACAAAAUUUGAGUUUUAAAAGUGUUUUGUCUUCUUGCGAACGAGGAAUCUUCAUGACAUCAAUAAUGAACCCAUGUGAUAAGAAGUUUGUUUGGGUUAUAAAGAAUUUUUCCUCUUUACAAUUACAAGAUUGUUAUGUUUCUGUUCCAGUUCUGAUCCGUGACGUCAAAUGGCGUCUUUUUGCCUAUCCGGAGGAAAAUAAUGGUGAUCACUUGUCUCUGUAUCUGGAAGUUGAUUUCGAAUCAAUGCCUUGUGGAUGGAGACAAUAUACACAAUUUCGUUUUACGGUAGUUAAUCAAAUUUCAGAGCAUUUAUCCGUAAAGAGAGAAGGACGAAAGUGGUUUGAUAAGAAAGCUCCGGAAUGGGGUUGGGAAGACAUGAUUUCUCUAACAAAGCUUAAUGAUAUAAAUAGUGGGUUCUUGGUGAACGGAGAGCUCAUGAUUGUUGCUGAAGUAGAAACUUUUGAAGCUAUUAGCACAUCACAAGUUGCAGGGACUAGUGUUGAUAGUGAAUGGACACUUCUUGACUAUUACGCUUCAUCUGAAGAGGACAAGGAUGAUGUAACUGUUGUAAUCAAGGGCUUUCAUGUUCUUGAUUCGCAAGUUUAUCAAGUGAAGGAAACCUUUGAGAAACAUCCAGAUCUCGCAUCGAAUUUGAUUUUAAAGAAUCAAAAUCUCAAGAAUAUUUACAUGGGUUUUCUUCUUGACUUAAUCAAGACAUUGAGCAAGUCACCUAAGGAACUCACUGAGGACGACUUAAACUUCGCUGACAGUACGCUUUCUGAUCUGACAAAAGCAGGCUUCAUGUUGGAUUGGUUGCGUCAGAAGUUGGAUAGGGCUUUGGAGAAACAAAUAGCUUGUGACGCAGGCUAAUGUACUUGUAAGAUUAAAAGUCUUAGGUCGGAAUUUCUUUGCUUUUAAAAUUCUCAAUGUGGAAGGUAGCUAUUA